AUGCUCUCUUCCAUCACAUUUUGGCUGUUAGGAAUCCUCCUUCAGCUUGGCCUUGUGUCUGGCUUCCAGAACCCUGUCAGAUACAAUUCGUCAGACCCUUCCCUGGUCUAUGCUAAUGGCUAUUAUUACUUAACAUAUACUUCAGCAACCCACAUUGAAAUAGCUAGAAGCCCCCUCCUGAGUGGACUCCGGAAUGCAGAAACUAAAACUGUCUGGACUGACAGUGACACCACACGAAACGCAGACAUCUGGGCACCUGAGAUCCAUCGCAUAGAUAACAGGUGGUAUAUAUUCUAUUCCAGUCGCAACGCAAACGUUGUAGAUACCUACCGUACUCGCGUGCUCCGCGGGUGCACUGGCUCCAACCCUUAUGACUGCACCUAUUCCUUCGGAGCUACCUUGGUACCUCCCGCUGGAAAACAGGGCGGCCCUGACGGAAAUGAUGCUUAUUCCAUCGAUGGAAGCUAUAUGGAGAUUCCCGGAAAGGGACGCUACCAUCUGGUAAGCAUGCAUAAUGAGGACGGCUAUCAGAGUAUAGGAAUCACCAAACUAAACACUAAUCGCUGGACCGUCGAUGAAUGGCAUAUUAUAUCGAGGCCUGAUCAACCAUGGGAGCAGCAUAUGGGAGGAGGCGCAGGAUUGUUUGCCACCGCCGGGUUGAAUGAGGGCCCUUAUGCUCUGUACCAUGGAGAUGACAUUUGGUUGUCUUACUCGGGCUCAACGUGCGAUGUUCCCGAGUACGCGCUGGGCCUUUUAUACUACAACGGAGGUGAUCCGCUGGAUAUCUCAUCAUGGGAGAAGUCUGGCCCAGUGUUCACCUCAGCAAACGGGAACUAUGGCACCGCCCACAAUGCCUUCUUCACCUCGCCAGAUGGGAAGGAGAUUUGGAACAUCUUCCAUGCAACAAGUAUAUCUACUGGGAACUGUGGGCCGGCAAGGUACACAAUGGCACAAAAGGUGACAUUUGAUGCGCAAGGAAACCCAAACUUGGGACAGGCUCCAGCGCUUGGCACGGAAAUCACUCCGCCUAGUGGCGAAUAG